AUGGAUUCUCCUCAAUCAGGAUGGAGACGUCUCAACGUCGGAGUUGUGGGAGGCGGUAUUGGUGGUAUGUCCGUGGCUAUCGCAAUGCGCCGCGCUGGCCAUGAUGUAACCAUCUACGAGCGAAACGAUUUCGCAGGAGAAGUCGGUGCAUCUGUGUCCUGUGCUGCCAAUGGAACUCGUUGGUUGCACGAAUGGGAAGUCGAUGUGGCCAAAGGAGAUCCCGUGGUGUUGCAGAAGCUUAUCAAUCGCGACUGGAAGACUGGAGAGCCUGUCAGUGUCUACGAUCUGGACGACUAUGAGAAGCGAUGGGGCUAUGUCUACAACAUGUUCCAUCGCCAAUACAUGCAUCGCAUGUUGAAAGAUACAGCUCUGCAAGAAGAGAAGGCCGGAACUCCUGCCAAAUUAGUCGUCAAUCAUCCUUGCAAAGACAUUGAUUUCGACACUGGCACAAUCACUUUCACCAAUGGCGCUUCUGCACAACACGAUGUGAUUAUUGGAGCUGACGGCAUUGGAUCCGUCGUCAGAAAAAUCAUUGGCUUGAACCCAGUGAAACGACCAUCUGACUCAAGCUGCUUGCACUGUAAUGUCGACACUGACGAAGCCGUACGCCAUGGUCUCGUGGACUACUCUCAGAACAGCGCUCUGGAAUACUGGGGCGGCCAAGAAGGAAAGUGGGACAAAAUUGUGCUCUCACCGUGUAAUGGUGGUAAGCUGCUCUCCUACUACUGUUUCUUCCCACGCAGUAUGGGCGACUAUGUGAACCAAACGUGGGGUGGCGAGGACCGACCCGUCGAAGAGCUUCUCAGUCCUUACCCGAAUCUCGACCCUCAAGUCAAAGCACAUCUCGCCAUCGGCAAGGACAUCCAACCCUGGCGUUUGUGGGUGCACGAACCUUACGAAUUCAUCACGCGCGGUCAGAUCUGUCUACUCGGCGAUGCGGCUCAUCCAAUGAUGCCCCAUCAGAGCCAAGGAGCCUGUAUGGCCAUCGAAGAUGCAGCAGCUCUCGGCAUACUUUUCAGUCCUUCAUACUUCGACGGUAACAUCGCUCAGACCCUACAAGUAUACGAGAAAGUCCGCCUGCCACGAGCGACCAGAGUCCAAGCUGCUGCUGCGAAGGCUGCUCAGAAUAUCAACGAGCGAAUCGGCUUCUCCAGUAACACAAACAUCUCGAACUACAAGGUUGACGAUGAGGGCAAGAAGCUGACAAUUGAAGAAAUGAAUGCUUACGACAUGUACAAAGAUAUUGAGGAAAUGCUUGCAGCAGCACGUAACAUGACAUAUACUGAAGGAGAUAAGUGGAAACGGGGUCUGCCUGUCGACCUAUUCAAGUCCGCUUGA